AUGACAGAAGAGAGCUCUGAUGACGAUUUUCAGAAAGGUAGGGAGCUUACGCCUGUAAAUAGUUCUCAAAAACGAAUGAAGAAAGGCAAAGAAAAGCCUAGUAACUCUACUUCUACUGCUACCGUUGAAUCUAAAUCUAGUGAUGAUGCUCCUCUUACAAAGUCUACUGUUGCUACUGCAAAGCACAACUCCAUUAGUGACUCUAAUAGUUCAUUCGCAAACGCAAACACAGUAAAAAAGUGUGUGAUAGCAGCUAAAACCACUGUGAAGUCUAUAUGGAAGCCAAAUUGUACACAGGCUUUGCACGAGCUAGUGAAUAUAGCCAACACACUGGUAGCUCACACGUUUGCUUUUUCAUAUAUUCCUGAAGGAGUUAGAAGAAGACUUUAACUUUGACUUGAGCGAUUACAUAAGAAAAGAGUUCUUUGUAGAGGCCUUCUUGAGCCUCACCGUUAGA